AUGAAUCCAUCAUAUUUCCUUCCCAAUCAGUUCGCAGCUGGACCAUCUAAUUACUCUGCAUCGUCAGGAGGAUCUUCUUCAUCUUCUUCAUCAUCGCCUGAGCCCGGAGCUGGAGCUGGAAUUGGAAGUGAACAUGGAGCUGGAAGUGGAAUUGGGAUGAAUCUUGGAGAUGGACGUUCCAAUCAUCAAAUGUCAACGGCAACUUCUCAUCAUAAUGUCACGGUCGGAUCCACUUCUAACACUCAUAGCAAUAACAAGCAUAGUAAUCACCGAGAUCCUCAUCCACAUUUACACCAGCAGCAUCCACAUCAACAACACCAACAUCAACAACAUCAACAACACCAACAACACCAACACCAACAACAUCAACAUCAACAUCAACAACAUCAACAACAUCAACAUCAACAUCAACAUCAACAGACACAAACGCAACCACAACAGAGAACGUAUCUAACACAAGCAGAACAAAGACAAGCGUUACAUCCACCUUCUCAAGGACCUUUAAUAGCUCCUCAUCAAGAUCUGAAUAGUUUUUUAGAAAGUUUCUGGACAAGACAAAUGGAUAAUGUUGAAGGUGAAAUACCAGAUUGGAAAUCAUAUAAUUUACCUUUGGCCAGGAUAAAGAAAGUUAUGAAAAGUGAUGAAGAAGUCAGAGUGAGUCAAUCAAUGGAAAAUCGAGCUCUCCUUUGGGCAUUGGAGAUGAUCUCAGCUGAAGCACCUAUCAUGUUUUCGAAAGCGUGCGAAAUUUUCAUAUCAGAACUAACAUGUAGAGCAUGGUUAGUAGCUGAAUCACACAAAAGACGUACAUUACAAAAAUCAGAUGUGGCAGCCGCAAUAGCUUUUUCAGACAUGUUUGAUUUCUUAAUUGAUAUCGUACCGAGAGAUGAUGGAUCCAACUCCUCUAAUGAAGCUCCGCCAGGAGGACAGGAAACGGGCACGGGCACGGGAACGGCGGAAACAACGCAAGCGGGUCAAGGAGAAAUUGGGGAUGCAAGUGUCAAUGUUGAAGGAGAAGCAAAUGGACAGGGACGUGGAAAUGGGAUUGAUGAACAAGAUCAUGGUGUAGAUCAUAAUUCACAAAAUGAACUAUCUCACAAUCAGCGUCAGGAACACGAUCAAGGUUUAGGUCUAAGUACAGCCGUGGUUGAAGGGGAUGAUCUAUAUAAUGAAUAUGUACAUGAAGAUUGA